AUGAUUAUAAGGUAUCCUCCGAGGACCCUGUCUCGCCCCGAUGGCCUCUAUACCAUAUGUCUAUCAUGUCUGCGCCAGACAGCCAAACCCAAAGCUCCCUCCCAUUCAUUGAGGAGAAGCUUCUCCCGCACCUCGAGCAUUGGGGCAGCCGUCACCGGAAACACAAACACGCCACGAUUACGGGAUCAAUAUUUCUCUGCAAAUGCGAAUUCUCUGCUUGAAAAGGCACGGGCGGUAUCUAGGAAUGGAGCAACCGCCUCGACGAUAGGGGAGACAAGCCCAAUUGCACAGGGAAAUGGGGCUACUCUAACCACUACUUCUCCGAACGAGAUCCUCCCUCAUCGAAGAAAGCAAGCUGCCCGUCGUGCAGCGGCAGCAGAAGCAGCAGCAGCAUCCUCAUCCUCGUCGCCAGACCUCGUCCUCCCACCCAAUGCCUCGUCCACGCUCACCUCUCAAGCUUCCGCCCAGCCCACGAACUCCCUCCGGCGGCUCGUCCCAGUCCUCCUCGCCCUUUCCAAGCCCCGCCUCUCAGUGCUGGUCGUCCUCACGGCAAUGGCAUCCUACUCGCUCUACCCCGUGCCCGAACUACUCUCCCCGAGUUUAAUGGACACGCCCUCCCUCUCACCCCUCACGCUACUCUUCCUCACAACCGGAACAGCCCUCUGCGCCGCGUCUGCAAACGCAUUUAACAUGCUAUACGAGCCGAAAUGGGAUGCGAUGAUGACACGGACAAGAAAUAGGCCUCUGGUGCGGAAAUUGAUAUCUACACGGGGAGCUGCCAUAUUCGCUAUCCUCAGCGGACUCGUAGGAACCACAGCCUUAUACUACGGCGUCAACCCCACCGUGUCAUUCCUGGGCGCCCUAAACAUUCUUCUCUACGCAGGAGUAUACACGCCUAUGAAGCGUCUCAGCGCGCUGAAUACGUGGGUGGGUGCCAUCGUAGGCGGCAUCCCACCGCUCAUGGGCUGGGCGGCAGCAGCAGGACAAUCGGCGACGGAAAAUGGCGACUGGAAAGAAUUACUUCUGGGAGAAAGAAGCAUAGGAGGCUGGCUACUAGCGGGUUUUCUGGUGGCAUGGCAAUUCCCGCAUUUCAUGGCCCUCUCUUGGUCUAUAAGGGAGGAGUAUAAAAAUGCGGGCUACAAAAUGCUCUGCUGGAUGAACCCAGCUCGCAACGGGCGCGUGGCAUUACGCUACGCUAUAGUAUGCUUUCCCCUCUGUAUAGGGCUUUGCUACGCUGGGGUUACUGAGUGGAGUUUCGCCGUCACGAGCACGCCUGUCAAUGCGUGGUUGGUGCGGGAAGCUGUACGGUUUUGGAAGUUGGAGGGGCAUAAGGGGAGCGCGAGGGGUUUGUUUUGGGCGUCCGUGUGGCAUCUGCCUGUGGUAAUGAUUUUGGCGAUGGUGGAGAAGAAGGGCAUGUGGCAGAGGGUUUGGAGGGCUGUAGUUGGUUCCCCGGAUCUCGACGACGAUGAGGAUUGGAUUGACGAGGAUGAGGAGGAGGCUGUGUUGUCUGCGAAGGACGUUAAACCGGAGGUUAGGGCUGCUGCUAUCGCUGCGAUUCCCCCGCGAUAG